CUCGCUAGUAGAAGAAGAAGCGUGUGUUUAUAUUUCCUGACAGGUUUGACGGGAACACCACAAUCGACGACAACAAGCGUCCGAUCGGAAUAAUCCAGAGUCGCCAUGGGAGCGUGUAUGGCCUUGUGCUCUCUGGCCAGCUGUGCCUCCUGUCUGUGUGGCUCGGCACCAUGCCUUCUGUGCGGCUGCUGUCCUUCCUCCAACAACUCCACCGUCACCCGGCUGGUCUUCUCCUUGUUCUUGUUGAUGGGCACAUUUGUCUCCGUCAUAAUGAUUCUUCCAGGCAUGGAGACACAACUUCGCAAAAUCCCUGGCUUUUGCCAGGGAGGAUCGACUAUACCAGGGAUCGAAAACCCCGUGGACUGCGACAUCCUAGUGGGCUACAAGUCCGUCUAUCGAAUGUGCUUCGCGAUGACCUGCUUCUUCUUCCUGUUCUCCGUCAUCAUGAUCCGCGUCCGCAGCAGCAAAGACCCCCGUGCCGCCAUCCAGAACGGGUUCUGGUUUUUUAAAUUCCUAAUCCUGGUUGCGAUCACCGUCGGGGCCUUCUUCAUCCCGGAUGGCACAUUCAACACCGUGUGGCAUUACUUCGGGGUAGUUGGCUCCUUCAUCUUCAUCAUCAUCCAGCUCAUCCUUCUGAUCGACUUCGCCCACUCGUGGAACAAGCGGUGGUUGGAGAACGCAGAAGAGAGUGGUUCCAAAUGCUGGUAUGCAGGCUUGCUGUCCUUCACGUUACUCCACUACGCUCUGGCCUUCACGGCUGUCGUCUUGUUCUAUGUCUACUACACUCUGCCCGACGACUGCACUGAGCACAAAGUCUUCAUAAGUCUCAACCUUAUCUUCUGCAUCGUGGUCUCUGUGGUGGCCAUCAUGCCCAAGAUCCAGGAGGCGCAGCCGCACUCCGGCCUGCUCCAGGCCUCGCUCAUCUCCCUCUACACCAUGUACGUCACCUGGUCCGCCAUGACCAACAACCCCAAUCGCAAGUGUAACCCCAGCCUGCUGAGCAUCGUGUCAACCGUUCAACCCACGGACGACACCCCUCCCGAGCAGCGGCAGUGGUGGGACGCCCAGAGCAUCGUGGGCCUGGUCAUCUUCCUCUUCUGCACGCUCUACGCCAGCAUCCGCUCGUCUAACAACACGCAGGUGAACAAGCUGAUGCAGACGGAGGAGGGUGUCGGCCUGGGCGGGGACGCAGAGGUGGGAGACGACGGGGUUCGCCGAGCGGUGGACAACGAAGAGGACGGGGUGACCUACAGCUACUCCUUCUUCCACUUCCACCUCUGCCUGGCUUCGCUCUACAUCAUGAUGACUCUCACCAACUGGUACCAACCGGACGCCACCACGCAGGUCAUGGAGAGCACCAUGCCGUCUGUGUGGGUGAAGAUCUGCUCCAGCUGGCUGGGUCUGGCCCUGUACCUCUGGACCCUGGUGGCGCCCGUCAUCUUCCCCGACAGAGAUUUUAACUGAGCUCCCUGGUCGUAGUUGGUCUUUGCUUCAAGUCUGUCGGAUCCAAGACGAUCACGCCAUCUUUCCUGUUCCACCACCAACUCCUUUCUCACCUUCCCACUGCACAAGUUUGAUUGCCGUUGCACAUGUUUGAACUCGUCGUGGGGUUUUAUCUGGCGCCCCGUUUGCCAAUGACAUUGAAGCCUUUCGUCGUAUAAUCACUAGGUGACGUUUAAAGCCUUUACACUGCAGCUGUUGACGGUCCCUGAAAUGGACCCCAGUCCUGGACCAUGCUGAUUAGGGAGAUGUUUCUGAAGCUGGAGGCAGAAAGGGGAACCCUGCCGAGGAGCCCCGGCAGGAGGGGACUGCAGCCACCAGAUAAGACCCCCAGGGCCCCGCCCCUCUGGCCCGGCAGGGGUUCCCCCUCACUGUACGUCAUCAUAGCUCUGGAACCAGGUCCGGCUGCCUCGUCUGAGCUAUGCUCUAAUUCCCUCCCUCUGCCGGGUGUAUGACAACCACGCUGCUCCUUUUCUGCCAACUCGCCGGUGCUACAGCCCUUUAUCACGUCCGUUUCCUUGCUGUAUCCUCGGAGUCUCAAUGAAGUGCCUGUCUUUAUACUUUUACUACGCCCAUCAUUAGCACUAGUGUCGUGAGCGCUGCGUUCCACUUGAGUUGGACCACUGAUUGUAGUUGCAUGCUGAAUGAGUGACGGCUGUUUUAUUCCUGUCAGUUUUGUUUUAACAUUUUAAUAAAUAUGUUACUCUUUUGAA